CCCGAUCGCAGGCUUCCCUCGAGACCACGACGCAAAACCCUAACGGUGCCCAAGUUUCUCUUCGCCUCGCUCCACAGAUCGCUUCGCUUCCUCUCGUAUCUUCUUCGCCUCAACCCGCCCGCUCGCCGCGCUGCCUGCUCUCCGCUUCGCAUUGCGGGCCAUCCUCUACGCUGUGCUUCUCUCCGCCUUGCCCCACCAUCGGCGCCGUUGCCUCGCGUUGCAGCCUUGCGGUCCAGGACUCACCUCUGUUCCGUGGUUUCUGCUACGGUUCCGAGGCGAUGGGGCGGGCAAAAAAAAACCGUAAAUUUGCGGUCAUGAAGAAGCUUGUCAGCUCGAAAACUCUCAAGAAGUACAAGGAAGAGGUGCUGAACCCCAAAAAGAAAGACCUUGAGAAGGAGAAGCUCCCCCGUAAUGUGCCGAGCGUCUCAUCAGCGCUGUUCUUUAAAUACAACACUGCUCUUGGUCCGCCUUACAGGGUCAUUGUCGACACCAAUUUUAUUAACUUCUCCAUCCAAAAUAAGUUGGAUUUGGAGAAAGGCAUGAUGGAUUGCCUUUAUGCAAAAUGCACUCCUUGCAUCACAGACUGUGUGAUGGCUGAGCUUGAAAAACUGGGACAGAAGUACCGUGUGGCCUUACGUAUUGCCAAAGAUCCCAGGUUUGAAAGGCUACCAUGCACGCAUAAAGGGACUUAUGCUGAUGACUGCAUCAUCGACAGGGUUACACAGCACAAAUGUUAUAUUGUUGCAACAUGCGAUAGAGACUUGAAGCGAAGGAUACGCAAGAUCCCUGGUGUACCUAUAAUGUAUAUCACACAACACAAGUAUUCAAUUGAGCGGCUACCAGAAGCAACAAUUGGUGGAGCUCCAAGAAUUUGAUGAAGAGUAUGUCACCACAAAAAGAAUUGCUUCUCGCCUCAAAUACAGUAUGCAGCUUAUUGUAGGAAUAAACAGUACCAAGUUGGCAGCUAAGUGGUUAGUCUGGGGUGGGGGGUGUAAGUGAUAAUUACAAUCUCCAAGUUUUGUAAUCAAGAAACUUUUGAGCUGUUGAUGUUUAAACCUUAGCUUUCCAUAUCAAAUUUGGAACAGAAGUUUGCAGUUCCCCUUUUCUUUUGUUGUACAUUUGAUCUGGAUAUGUUUUUAAUUUAAAGCUAUGUGAGCAAACUGAUGACUACAUUAAUACUUGUUUCA